UGCCUUGUGCUGGGUGCACUCUCAGUGAUGACUCAGACAGACACACAGACACACACUCACUCUCUGUCAUCCCAAGACCUAAGCAUCGCUGCAACUUUAGGAAAUAUACUCUGUGAAUAUAUAUACUUCUGCAGCUAAUAUUUUUCCCUCAGGUGUGUAAAAAGAGCACAGAAAAAUGUUUCCUAUAUUUUGGAUCCUCCUCCUUCUCCCUCUGGUCUCCACCCAGACAUACCAUUGGGGUCCAUGCCCCACACCCAGUGUCCAGCCCAACUUCAGCUUGCAGCAGUUCCUGGGCACGUGGUAUGAGAUAGCGAAACUUCCAGCAUCCUUUGAGAGAGGGAAAUGCAUCCAGGCCGAUUACACUCUGAGGGGAGACGGCACCAUCAGAGUCCUCAACUCCCAGUUCUAUAAAGGUAAGGUGCGGACUGUGGAGGGGACAGCAGUGGUCCAGGACCCAAAAAACCCAGCCAAACUGGGAGUCAGCUUCUCCUACUUCACUCCCUACAGUCCGUACUGGGUGCUGAGUACAGACUAUGUGAGUGGAGCGGUGGUGUACAGCUGUACUGACGUGUUGAGGAUUUUCCAUGUCGACUACGCCUGGAUCCUGGGACGUUCCCGCUUUUUGCCCGCAAAGGAAGUAGAGUACGCCAGGCAGCUGCUGGCUAAAGAAAACAUUGACACCUUCAAGAUGAGUGUUACUGACCAAACGGGCUGCGACUAGAUGGAGGUUUAGAGGUCAGAGGUUAGGGUUGUAGGGUUAAAGGGUUAUUUAUGUGCCCACUUCCCUAGUCCUAACGCCGUAGACACUUCUCCCUCUACUCCCAAUGCUCUAUCCACAUAUAAUUUGAGCUCUACCUCU